GCGAAAGAGACAAGAUGGGUCACCAGCAGCUCUACUGGAGUCACCCAAGAAAAUUCGGUCAGGGAUCUAGAUCCUGCCGUGUGUGCUCAAACAGACACGGUCUGAUCCGCAAAUAUGGGCUCAACAUGUGCCGCCAGUGCUUCAGACAAUACGCAAAAGACAUCGGCUUUGUGAAGUUGGAUUAAAAGAUGUGGACCGCUUCACCUGAGCCAUGUGGAAACAACAUCCUUCCAGGCAACUACAGUGACCCCACUUGAUUUACAAAUAAACACAUUUUCUGGUUAAA